AUGGUAACAGCUUUCGACCUGUCAUUACACUCGGAAUGCUUUCAAUGCUCCACUUGUGGCACCAACCUCGCCAACCAAGGUCAUCACUUCUUGAAUGACAAAUUCUACUGUGACGUACACGGCAGUCAGAUCAAGUCGGAUGAGAGACAGGAGUAGGUUUUUUUAGAGUAAAAUACGAAAAAACUUUUGUUGACUUAAAGUAUCGCAAUUUUUAAAAAAUUUUAAAUUGCAAAAACUUUCUUUACAAAACAAAGAAAUUUAAAAAUUUCGAAUUUCGACCACAAGUUAUGACAUAAAAUGACAAAAAUAAAAGUUUUUUAGUCAAAAUGUCAUUGUUUGGCUAAAUAUGACAUAUUUGGUCAUAUUGUAGUAGAUUGCGUGAUAGUGGUCGUUUAAAGGCUAUUAAUAGUCAAAGAACACUCAAAUGAGUUUUUUUAAAGAUUACAAGAGGAAAUGAUAGUAAUAUUAAAAUGACAUACCACUACCCCUACCCCUACCCUUAUAAUAGUUACAGUAUACCAUAUCUUGUCUACAGUAACCCCUGCUUUACCUCUACCCUUACCCUUGAGCUUACCAUACCUACAGUGUGCCAUGCCUUGCCUAACGUAGCCUCUACUCCUAAUACCCCAAACCCGUACCCCUACCCGCCCCUGGGUUUACCUCUACGCCCUACCCCUAUUACUACCCUUAGAAUUAACCAUAGCUACAGUAUACUAUACCUUGUCUACAGUAACCCCUACCCCUACCUCAACUCUUAUAAUUUCCAUACCUACAGUAUGCCAUACCUUGUCUACAGUAACUCCUACCCCUAACAUAUACCCUGACCCAGCCCCUUAGCUUUACUUCCACUCCCUACUCCUAUCACAUACCGUUAAAUUUACCAUACCUACAGUAUGUUAUGCCUUGCCUACAUUAAGCUUUACCAUCUUCUGCUCAUUAAACUCUGCCAUUCUUUUUAUCACAAAAUUAGUACAAAGUACAGUACGAAGGUCUCUCUUACCCACUCCCACAUCCACCCCCACCGUCUCCCCGCUCCUUCCAUUCCCUCCUCCUCUAUUUUCCACCCCUCCCCGCUUCCUUCCCUCCCCAAAUUUCGUCUUUUGUAACCACGGAUGACAUUACUCCUACCCCAUUUUAGUACCAUCUACAGUACCCCUACUACUAUCACUACCCCUACUCGAAAAGUCUCCCCUGCCCACUCCCACCUCUUCCCCCCCUUCCCCCCCCCCCCCUCAAAUUUCGUCUUUUACUGCGUAUUGGACUAAUCUUACCUCCCCCCCCCUCUUUCAGUCCCAACUACAGUACCCCUGCCCACAAAUAUCGUCUUAUAACAGUAGUGGGUCGUAGUAAUUGAGUAAAUUAGGUAUGAAAUUGAUGAAUAAGUGGACAUGAUUAUACCAUGCCACGAAAUAAAUAAGGGCGGUGCGGAAUUUUUAUUGGCCUAAUGAUGUCAAAAAACACCUAAAAUACGAGCAAAAACAACAUGUUUACUAUGGAGAACAUCAUGCAUAUCAUUGAGAAUGGCAUGAAUUAUUCGUUUGUCAAUCUCAUAUCAUAACAUAUACUCGUACAUGGUUAGGUCAGUUGUAAUUGCAAAGGGUUUUUUGGAAGAAUUUGAGGAAAAUAAGAGUGAGGUCGCAUUGGAAAUGGCAGAGCAUAAAAAUUGUAGUUUUUUAAAAUUUUUAAAAAUUAUUUCAAAACUAGCCCUACCAGAAAAGGUUCUUAAAGAUAGUGGGGAGGGGUUCAGCUAGUACAAUUUUUUCUUGAAUUUACAAAAAAAAAAUUUUUUUUUGAAAUGCCAUUUUAAAUAUAGGGGACCUUAUAUUAGUACCAGCCGGAUGAGUAAACAAAAAAAUUUCAAAAAAAUGUUACAGAAACCAAGGUUGUCGUAUAAAGGAGUAACAUAAAUAAAGCUAACCCCUACUUUAUACUUGCCCUGGAUAACCGUAUCCUAACUUACUCCAACUUACCACAUCGUACACUACCCUAACUUACCUUGCUAUAUCCUACCGUACUCUGCCCAAUCUUACCCUACCAUAUCCUACCCCACUCUAUUCUACCGUAACCUACCCUACUCUAUUCUAACGUAACCUACCCUACUCUACCCCACCCUACCUUGCCCUACCCUACCCUACUCUACCCUACCGUACUCUACCCUACGAUACCCUACUCUAACAUACUCUACCCUACACUACCCUACUCUAUCUUACCUUGUCGACCAUACAUUACGCUGGCCCACAUUACCGUACCCCAUCGUACCUUGCGGUAUUCUACCCUACUUUAACCUACAUUAAACAACCCUACACUACCCUAACUUACCUUGCUAUAUCCUACCGUACUCUGCCAUACCUACCCCUUCUCUGCCGUACCCUAUCUUAUCCUGCCCUACUAUACCCUACCCUACCUUACCGUACUUUACUCUAUCCCAUAUUCUUACCCUACCCUAACCUAGUCCUACUCUACCUUUACCUAUCAUACCAUAGCGCUACCUUUAAUUCAAGGCCCCUAAACUAUUAUAAUUUUCAAUUACAGUAAGCCAAAGCCGAUCCCAACAGCGCCUCUCACUCAAUCUGUUCGUCCAUUCAAUUCGAGUGCCAACAACUCGCCUUACAAGAGUAAUAACAAUGGCAAUGGACCUGCUACAAGAAGAGAUCAGAAGGCUGACCGUAAGUAUAUUGCAGAUCUUAAUGUAUAACGCAUAAUAACGUUUUCUAACUACAAUAAGCUUUAUCGUAACAUUGUAGUAGGUGCCGACAUAAAGAACCCGCCAUACUUUUUGCCGACAUAAAGAACCCGCCAUACUUUUUGCCGACAUAAAGAACCCGCCAUACUUUUCCUGUAACUCCCUCUAAAAAAUGGCGGGUUCUUUAUGUCGGCACCUAAUAUUAGGUAGUCCACUUAAUUCUGUGCCCCUUCUCAAAGCUAAUUUGUUGGGUACGGGGCGCAGAAUUAUGUGAACAACCUAAUAGUAGGGUUAUUAUAGACCUUAUUACCUUGUUCUUUAUUUUUAUUGUCUAACUUUGUCUAAAACAACAUCAUUAAUGUUGCCAUUGCUAAAGCUUAGGCUUACGCUAUUGCUAAAGGUUAGGCUUACGCUAUUGCUAAAGCUUAGGCUUACGCUAUUGCUAAAGGUUAGGCUUACGCUAUUGCUUUUACAUUUUAAAUUCGUAAUUUUAUUGUGGUAAUGUAUAACAUACCACAAUAUUGAUAACUCGCUUCGCUUUUCUUAACUCUCUGCCACAGCUUUGAAAUCGAGUCUGCAUCGUCGGCCACGCCAACGCCUCCGCCAGGAAUGGCCGCCUCCGCCCGGCGCCAUCAAACGCAACGCCGAAGCCAUCCGAUUCUGGAAGUAUCACUUCGAAAAGGACGGACAUCCGAGUGAGGAAACUAUGGAACGCUUGAAGGUGAGUGGCAUUUUAAUUUUAAAAAUUGAAAAAAAUAAGGCUUUAAGAAUUGUAAACAAAGUUCUUACCAUUUUUUGUUCUGCAAAGAAAGUUCUUGCCAUUUUUUGUUUUUUUUUAAAAGAAAGUUCUUGUCAUUUUUUGUUUUGUAAAGAAAGUUCUUGCCACUUUCUACUUUGUAAAGAAACUUCUUGUCAUUUUUUGAGUUGUAAAGAAAGUUCUUGCCAUUUUCUGUUUUGUAAAGAAAGUUCUUGCCAUUUUUUAUUUUGUAAAGAAAGUUCCUGCCAUUUUUUGUUUUGUAAAGAAAGUUCUUGUCAUUUUUUGAUUUGUAAAGAAAGUUCCUGCCAUUUUUUGUUUUGUAAAGAAAGUUCUUGCCAUUUCACUAAAUUUCAAAUUUUUUAAAAAAAAUAUUGUAAAGAAAGUUUUUGCGGUCCCUUUAAGUCCAUUUUAUACUUAUUAUUAAGCGAAUUUAAGCCCAUUUCAGGCCUAUUUUUGAGCCCAGUUUAAGCCUAUUUUAGUCCCAUUUUAAGCCUAUUUUAAAGCCAAUUUAAGCCCGUUUUAAGCCUACGCUUAAGGCCAACGUAAGCCAAUUUUAAGCCCAUUGUAAGCCCACUUCAAACUAAUUCUCAAAACUCUUCAGGAGCGAAUCACCGACUUCGAAACCGGUCGAAUCCUAAACCCGACCAGUAACCGAGUGCCAUUAGAGCGAGGUCCCUAUGCCAAGUACGUGUUAAUUACCCCGGACAGACUUAACACCCCGAUGAGAAGGAACCCAUUCGCCUUCACCAACGCCGAAUUACCGAAACAUCCGGUCGAUUCGUCCAUGGAUUCGUCUGUGAACCUGCCUCCACGGCAAGAGUCCACCGACGAUGGUACCACCACGAAAUGGCAGUUUUUGGGACAAAACGAGCUGGACACUGAGAUGUUGAGUGGUAAGGAACUUGAAUUUUAUGAAAUUUUAAAAAAUUUGAAAAAAUUUUAAAAAUUAUAAAAAUUUUUAAUUUGCAAAACUUUGUUUCCAGACCAAAAAUGACUAAAAAUAAACUUAAAACCAACUUAAUGGUUCAAUAUUAGGCUUAAAAUGACUUUAAUUUUUAAAAAAUUUCGAAAUUUCAACAAAUUUUUUAAUUUGCAAAAACUUUGUUUCCAGGCCAAAAAUGAUUAAAAAUGGACUUAAAAACAAAAUAGCGGGACUUUAUUAGACUUAAAAUGACUUUUAUUAAAUUGUAUAAAAAAGUAAUGGGUUAUACAGCGAUAUGGAGUUCAGCAGCUCAUUAUUUUUUAUACAACUUAUAAAAUCAAUUAAAAAAAUUUUUUUGAAAAAAAUCGUAUUUUAGCUUCAAUACCUCUGUAAAUAACUAAUUUUUACAGUAUCAUCAACCCCUUCGAUUUGUCUUCCACCUCUGCCAUCUACAUCAAUUCAGAUGGACGAGAGUUUGGAAGAGUUCGAACGAAAACAUUUUGAAGAACUUGCUCAAAUGGAACCUCUAAAGCAUGUUGAGUACGUUUUACCAUCUAUUUUUUUUCACAACAGUAUCUUUUGAUUUCCCCUUUGGACAUGUUUAAUCGUAUAAAAUUGUCCCGCAGGCCGCAGCACUUCCGUGCGCAGUUCGCAAUGUCCAAAAGUUGGAAAAACAGUUGUGUAUGGUAGUGUACAUUGAUUUAGCUGUAUUUUAUCUUAUUCUGACUAAUUUUCAGACUAGAAGGACCCCAGAAUCAAGCUACAAACACUAAAUUUGGUCGUCAAUUAUCGACCGUUCAGAUGGCUUCCUCAAAACCCGUUCAAAUCGUGUCUUCCUUUCAAAAUUCAAACAAUUUGGACAAUUUUGAUGAACCAGUAGACAAUAGUGGAGCUUUUCAACAUGUUAAAGAUGUGUCAAAUCAAAAAGUUCAAGGAAAUCAGGUCAAAACUUCAGAAUCUUCUCAAAGGAACCCAGAUUUUAAUCUUCAAUUAGCUCAGAAAUUGAAAGAAGUUGAUCUACUACAACAUAAAAUGGACCGAAAUGGAGAUAGUGAUGUUAACAAUGAGAUACAAGGUCGGCAACCUGGGUCUCAACCAAAGCUACGCAGCCAGAUCACGAUACAAACUUCUGAUUCGGCGUUUUUUGAUGGUCAAGAUGUUAAUCAAGCCAAUUAUAGCUUAAACCAACUUCCAUUACCUUCAAAUUCAUACCCAGAUGAUGGACAACAACAUCAACGAUCCUAUUCGACCAAUGCUUAUCAACAAUCAUUGGCCAUACCUAACCAACCAUCCAGUUAUGUUGAUAACAACAGUGAUAUCAUGACAAUGAGUAACACCCCCACGGUGAUCCUAGAAGAAGACGAUAUGGCUACAGAAACGGGAUCACCAGUUCAUACUCAAGAGUACGAACGACAGUUGAAAGAGCUUUCGGCCGCUAAUCAAGAACUAGCUAGAGAUUCCGCCGCUACACCAACUUUGAAGCUUGGAGCUCCGAAUCCUACUCCAGAAGACACUUUACGGCCUCGAAAUUCGAACUUAAAAGAUUUGAAUCAAGCUCCACAAGCUUCUGGAUAUGAAUACAGAUCAGAUUUCGAUCAAAACGCUACGAUAUCAGCUUCAGAAUCAGUGUUAAAGCCCGUUACUCCAGCUUCAGAACCAAAAAUGGCCCAUCUGACCGUGAUUGAAGACGCCAAAAACGAUAUCGAUGCCAUUUACCGGUCGUUUGAGAUGCUUGAACAACAAAUAGAGGAAUGGACAUUCGAAAAAUCACAAAAAUCCAACAAAAACGACCUAAAACAAGGUCCAAACCAAGGCAAAAUCAAUGAAAAACAGGAAAAUUUGGCGAAAAAGCAAGAAAACCCUAACUUUAAAGAGCCAGAAGACAAUAAACAUCAAAAGAAAACCAAUAAAAAGCCUUCCCCAAUCAAGAGCACAUCAGUAUCAACGAGUUUUGUCCACAAAGAAAGCAAUAUUCUACCUAAUGGAAGGCCAAAACAUCAAGUACAAGGUCCAGAAUCAACUAAAAACCAAAGAAAUUCACAAAAACGAGGAAGUUUCUACGAUGUAGCGGAUGAUAUCGCUCAAAGUAUGGCUGCGACAGCCAAAACGAGGUCGGAGACACCUUCUUCAGUAGCCCCUAUACCUCCGAAAAGAUCAAAAAUACCUUCUCCAGUCCAACACCGGUCAACAUUACCUUCUCCAAACCAAAAAAAACCUCCUCCAGUACCUCAAAGAGCUCAAUCUAAGCAUAACAGUUUGAUAAAACCCAAGAAACACGAUGUUACACUAGAAAAACGAAGAAAAACAGACGAUUUCGCUCGAAAUUUGAAUAAUACUCCAAGUAAAUCCUUUGAAAACCAACAGAACACAUUAUCAAAAGGUGACAAAGACAGCCCUAAUGACAUUUACAAAAGCACAACAGAUAUUACAGAAGCUAGAAGUAUCAUAUACGCCGAUAUCAGGCCAUACCGUGCUAAUAUUUACGGAGAAAACGGGAAAGUUGAGGGAUUUGGCACGAAUAUUGCUGAAGUCCUGGCCAAUAUUGGCCAAGAAAAUCAAGAAAAAGGUCUCACAAACAUAGAGAAGACGCACAACAAUAAGAUAAAAGCCUCACAAAGCUUUAACCAUCCAAAAGAAACAAAGAAAUAUCAAGAAAACACCGAAAACAACAUGAUUUUAGCCAAAACCAAACUCAAUAUCCAGUUGAAAGCGGUAGAACAAACUCAACCAGUCCAGAAAAUUGACUUUAGCGCCCUCAAUGAGUUCGACAACAUGGAGCCAUUGUACGAUGAACCACAUCUUGAAAAUCGUCCUGAUAAUUUUGUCAGAAAUCAAGGCUUAGUUCAUUCAUCUAAAAUUUCGAAAAAUGGAGGUAUUCCCAAUGUUCAUCGCAAUAUAACUCAACGAAAUCAACUGGAAGCUGGUCGAAAUGCUAAUCAAAACCUUCCUCAACGUCUCUACAACACAUUGACACCAAAGUCGACCCGAUCCGAAGUCAAUGUCGUGGAAAAAAUGGCAAAACCCCGAGGCACACCUGAAUUGAAGCAAAUCCCGAUUCAGCGAAGCUUUUCCUUCGACAUGCCUCCGCCAUUGACUCCGCUGAGGUACGACGAUCAGCCCGUGAAGAAUCGGUUCUCAGACGCAGUAGCUACUCCACCACCAGCUCCACCUCGACAUGGUGUGGCGAGGAAGAGCAGUCAAGUCGAAAGUUUGGAGGCAUUGAAGAUCCUGAGCAAUUUGUGUAAAGACAUUGAAAGUGGUACUCUGUCGCGUAAUGGUACGCUGAGUCGGAGGCAUAGUGAAAAUCUAAAGCUUUUUGAUGGUAAGUCUCUGAAUAGCUCUAUUUUUUGCCAAAAAGCUCCGAUUUUGUAAAUAGCGAGCUGCGCCCUUUGUUUUUCGGGAGGCGCAGUCCGCGCAAACAUGUUAUACGCCGUAACAUGUCCGCGCGGUUGUAAAACAAAAUUUUGUUCCAGAAAUUAAUAGAUAGUUAAUAUAGAUUAAAUUUUGACAAUUUUCAGAACAUUUAACCAUUCUGGAUUCCCCCGACUUUGAAGUAACAUUCCUCGAGAUCUUCUUCGACUUUCUCUUACUGUUUCUCAACUAAUUUCAACGCUUUUUAACUGCUUUUCACUUUCAUUUCACUUACAUUUCAAUGCUUCAUGUAAACAUUAUAUUUUUGUUUGUGUAUGACAUAGGUAUUGAGUCAAAAAUAAUCAAAAACUUAUUUUUGACCUUGUUUUUGAGAAUUUUUGACAAAACAUGCCAUUUUUAAAUACAUUAUUGAUAACAAAUAGCCAUGAAAUUUUAACACAAGAUAGCUAUAUGUUUUAAAAUGAUUAUUGUAACAAAAAUAAGACUAAAGCUUUAUUUACAGAAGAAGAACGGCCGUUUAAACGUGUCCCUAUCAACUCGGAUGAAGUCAACCGGCUGUCAAGCGCUUUCAAUGGCCUCAGGACACGUGGCCCAGUUACCAAACCUCAGGCUUUUGAUGGACUAAGCAGGUUCAAUCAAAAUGAAGAUGUUCUGGCUUCAAUCACAGCAUCACCCACUUGUUAUGAGUGCAAAAAGGUGAUCAGGUAGGUUGAUUUUGGCAGUUUUCAGCCAUUUUUAGGCAUUUUUCAGCUUUUUUCGAGCCAAAACCCUCCUAAAACUUCAUAAUUUUGAAAAUGUUUUUAGUGGAUCGUUUGUAAAAGCCGCAGGCAAAACGUUCUGUCCAGAACACUUCAACUGUGCCAAUGGUGCAUGCAACCGACGCUUGAUUGAAUGUGGAUUUGUGGAGGAAAACGGCAAAAAAUACUGUGAAAAGUGCUUCGAGACCCUGAUUGCGCCGGACUGUGCUAAGUGCGGUUUGGCCAUAACUGCUGUGAGUUUAUGACAUAGCAUUCUACAGGUUAUUGGCUAUGUUUUGUUAUAAUUUGAGAAAGAUUGCUUUAUUUUGAAAGGAGUUAUAGAGGUUUGUAGGUAAUGAUGUCAAAUUUAAGGUUUUUUUGGAAAUUAUGAAGAAUUGGUUUUCAGGUAACAAUUUACGUUAAGAUGGUGAACAAUGGCACAUUUUGAUUAGGCAGUAAUAAAAAAUGGCAUUUAGAGUCAAAAGUUUUUUAAAAAUUGAAAUUAAGGCUAAAAAACCACAAAAAACUCGAAAAUUUCGCGGUUUUUCAUUCAUAUCUCUGCCAUAGUUAAAUAUAAAUUUUAUUAAAUUUACUUUUUUAAAAUCUCUAAAAUGUCCUCUUCAAAACAUAAAAACCGAUUUUUAAUGAAACACUUACAGGAAUGCCUAAACGCCCUUCAAAAGCACUGGCAUCCUCAGUGUUUCACUUGUACCCAUUGUCGUCAGUCCUUUGGCAACGCCGCUUUUUACGUGGAAAACAAUAAACCAUACUGUGAAAGAGACUGGAAUCAGCUGUUCACAGCCAAAUGCACAUCGUGCUGUUUCCCAAUCGAAGCCGGCGACAAAUGGAUCGAGGCUUUGAAUGGUCAAUAUCACACAAAUUGCUUCAAUUGCACGGUAAAUCAGUUUUUUGACAUUUAAACAAUGAAAUUUGCUUUUUUUGAUUGAGUACUAUAAUUAAAAUUUCAGGUAUGUCAUUGCAAUUUGGAAGGACAAACAUUCUACGCACGUGAAGGCCGCCCAUUCUGCAAAUCUCACUCUUAA